CACGCCCCCAGGGAAGAUGGCGGCGCUGCGGGCGCUGCGGUGGCGGCGGCGGCUCCCGGGGCUCGGGAGGCGGCUCCUGGGGAGCGCCGGCUCCCCCGAGGAGCGGCCGCAGUUCCCGGGCGCCUCGGCCGAGUUCGCCGAGCGGCUCGAGUUCAUCCAGCCCCAGGUGCUGGCCGGGAUCCCGGUGUACCGGGUGAUGGACCGGCAGGGACAGGUGAUCCGCGAGAGCGAGGACCCGCAGCUGCCCAAGGAGCAGGUGCUGAAGCUCUACAAGACGAUGACGCUGCUCAACACCAUGGACAGGAUCCUGUACGAGUCCCAGCGCCAGGGCCGGAUCUCGUUCUACAUGACCAACUACGGCGAGGAGGGGACGCACGUGGGCAGCGCCGCCGCCCUCGACGCCGCCGACCUGGUGUUCGGGCAGUACCGCGAGGCAGGUGUGCUGCUGUACCGGGGCUACCCCCUGGAGCUGUUCAUGGCCCAGUGCUACGGCAACGCGCGGGACCCCGGCAAGGGCCGCCAGAUGCCGGUGCACUACGGCUGCGCCCAGCGCCACUUCGUCACCAUCUCGUCCCCCCUGGCCACGCAGAUCCCGCAAGCCGUGGGCGCCGCCUACGCCAUCAAGCGCGCGGACGCCAGCCGGGCGGUGGUCUGCUACUUUGGGGAGGGGGCGGCCAGCGAGGGCGACGCCCACGCCGGCUUCAACUUCGCCGCCACCCUCGAGUGCCCCAUCGUCUUCUUCUGCCGCAACAACGGCUACGCCAUCUCCACGCCCACCUCCGAGCAGUACCGCGGGGACGGCAUCGCCGCGCGGGGUCCGGGCUACGGGCUGCUCUCCAUCCGCGUGGACGGCAACGACGUUUUCGCCGUCUACAACGCGACGCGCGAGGCGCGGCGCCGCGCCGUGGCCGAGAACCAGCCCUUCCUCAUCGAGGCCAUGACCUACAGGAUCGGCCACCACAGCACGAGCGACGACAGCUCGGCGUACCGCUCGGUGGACGAGGUGAACUACUGGGACAAGCAGGACCACCCCAUCUCCCGCCUGCGGCUCUACCUGGCGCGCCGCUCCUGGUGGGACGAGCGGCAGGAGCGCGACUGGCGGAACCGCUCCCGCAAAAUGGUGCUGGAGGCGUUCGAGCAGGCCGAGCGGGAGCCGAAGCCGCCUCCCCACCUGCUCUUCUCCGACGUUUACCUGGAGAUGCCCCCGCGGCUGCGGCGGCAGCGCCAGGAGCUGCAGCGGCACCUGGAGACCUACGGCGAGCACUACCCGCUGCAGCACUUCCAGAAGUGACCCGAAAUCCCGGGAAUUCCCCCCAAAAAACGGGGUUCCCCGAGAGUCCCCAAAUCCGCCCCAAUCUGCCCCAAAUCCGCCCCAAAUCUGCCCCAAAUCCGCCCCAAAACUCACCUGGAGACCCCCGGGGGGCACUACCCGCUGCAGCACUUCCAGAAGUGACCCGAAAUCCCGGGAAUUCCCCCCAGAAAACGGGGUUCCCUGCUGGAUCCCAAACCUGCCCCCAAACCGCCCCAAAUCCGCCCCCAGAUCCCACCUGGAGACCCCCGGGGAGCAGUUCCGAAAGUGACCUUAAAACCCCGGGAAUUCCAUAAAAAAAUACCCGAGAAUUUAAUUUAAAAAAUUACCCGAGAAUUCCAUUAAAAAAUAUCCGGGAAUUCCCUAAAAAACACCCCCAGAAUUCCUUAAAAAAACCCUAGAAUUCCCUCCAAAAAACCCGGAAUUCCCUAAAAAAAACCCCUGGAAUUCCCUAAAAAACACCCCCAGAAUUCCUUAAAAAAAAACCCUGGAAUUCCCUCAAAAAAAACCCCGGAAUUCCCUAAAAAAAAUACCUGGAAUUCCCUAAAAAACCCCCUGGAAUUCCCUAAAAAAACCCCCGGAAUUCCCUCCAAAAAACCCCCGGAAUUCCCCGAUCCCGCCCCAGAAUCGCCCCCAAUAAACGGCGUUCAGGAGAGGAGGAGCCUCGGGAAUUUUGGGGAGAAAACCCUGGAAUUUUGGGGCUGGAUUCCCGGAAUUUUUGGGGAUAAAUUCCGGGGAUUUUGGGGCAGGAUCUCUGGGAUUCUGGGGAGAAAUUCCCGGAAUUUUUGGGAUUGAAUCCCUGGAAUUUUUGGGAAGGACCCCCGGGAUCUGAGGGCUCCGGGAAUUUCAGGAACAUCCCGAAAAAAUAAAAACCCCAAAAUCCGUGAAAA